UCGACAGAUCGCCAUACCAUGUCUGACCCACGAUUUGCGCGGUUGAAUACUGACCCCCGUUUCCGACGCCUCAAGAAACACAAUUCAAAAGUUGUAGUCGACGAGCGUUUCAAAGGAAUUUUUGACGAAGACAAGGCGGGAAAAAAGACAUUGAAACAAAAAGGCAAAGGAAAGGAAAAACUAGGCCGAGUAGAUAAAUUUGGUCGUAAAAUUUCUGAAACUCAUGAAAAGGACAACCUCAGGCGGUUUUAUCGGCUGGAACACGAGGAAGAUGAGGAGGCAGAUGCUCCAACCUCCACGAUACCCGACUAUGCUCGUGGUGGCGUCCUCAUGGAGUCCUCCUCCGAAUCAGAGGCGGAAAGUCAGGGUGCGGGUGACUCUGACGACGAGAGCGAUGGCCCCGGAUUUGUCACAUUAGGCAGAAACCUCGACGAAGAAGAUGAGAUCGAUCUUGAUGAGAGCACAUUUGCCGAUCUGGACGCACAGGUUGCUGCAUAUGCGAGGAUAGCCCCGGAGGACAACAGUAAAGAAGCUACGGAGAAGACCAGAAGACUAGCUGUUGUUAAUCUUGAUUGGGACCAUGUCCGUGCAGCACAUCUUUACAAGAUAUUUUCGUCACUUGUUUUGCCAGCUGCGCCUGCUACCCUUCCGGCGUCCGUGCCAGUGCCACUCAAGGAUGAAAAGUCUCUCAAGAACACGAAAAGCGCAAAGGCGACGGUCGCAAGAGGAAAGGUGCUGAGUGUCCGCGUCUAUCCAAGUGAGUUCGGGAAAGAGCGCAUCGCAAGGGAGGAAAAGGAGGGACCACCUGUAGAGGUGUUCAAAAAGAAAGCAGAAAAUGAAGAGGAUGUCAAUGAACGGACCAUCCACGAAACCGGAGACGGAGCGGACUACGACGAAGACGCUUUGAGAAAGUAUCAGUUAGAGAGAUUACGGUAUUACUACGCCAUUGUUGAAUGUGAUACCGCCGAAGCUGCCGUGCACAUCUACAACGAACUCGAAGGUACUGAGCUUGAGCGUUCAGCAAACGUGUUCGAUCUCAGCUUUGUGCCCGAUGAGAUGACGUUCGAUGAAGAAUAUCGCGACGAGGCGAGAGAUGAUCCUGGAACACGGUAUCGAGCAGUAGAGUUCGUGACAGAUGCUCUCCGUCAUUCAAAAGUCAAGCUCACUUGGGACGAUGAUGACCCGGAGCGCAAUCACAUUACUAGACGAUCACUAACCAAAAAAGAGAUCGAAGAAGCCGACUUCAAGGCAUAUAUCGCAUCAUCAUCUUCUGGGUCCGAUGAUGAUCCAGAUCCUGUGUCGAAGAAGAGGAGCAAGAAGAACGCCCAGAGAGACAAGCUUCGCACAUUACUUCUUGCCGGAGACGAUGACGACCUUCCAGAAGGGUGGGGCCGGGAUGACGACGCAGGAAAACAUGACGAUGUGGACAUGGAGAUCACGUUCACCCCUGGUCUCACUGAGGCCAAAAAUCCCGAAGACGAGACGACAAUGGAGGCAUAUCAAAGAAAGAUGAGGGAGAAGCGCAAAAAGAGAAAGGAAGAGGUCAAAGAGAAAGCUACGACAGUCACGAAUAAUGAAGGUCGAGGGCAACCUGGGAAAAAUGUCUCUUUUGAUGACGACUUCUUCGAGGGCGUAAGUGGCAGUGAGGGAGAAUCUGAGGCGGGGAAUGCAUCGAAGUCAGCGAAGCGGGUGUCAAGAACACGGGAUGUCGACAAGCCAGUGCUACGCCAGGAGAUAAAGUCAGACGUCAAAGCAGGUAAAAAGGGAAAAAAGAAAAGGGGCAAAAAGAAAGUGAUCGAUGAUGAUGAUGAUGAUGAAGUCCAGGACGACUUCAUUAUCGACGUUAAAGAUGACCGGUUCAAGGCAAUCCACGAGGACUACCAAUUCGCCAUCGAUCCCAGCAAUCCUCACUUCAAAAAGACGAAAAGUAUGGCGGCACUUAUUGACGAACGAACUAAGCGCCAAAAAAGGAGUCGCCCUGAAGAUGAGACAAGCGCACGACUCCCCACAAAGGUGGAUGACACCAGCCUCAAGAACCUCGUUGAGAGCGUCAAACGGAAAAGUGCAGCGGCUGACCAGAGCGGAUUUGGGAAGCGGCGUAAGCUAUAGCUUCGGCCCUCGAUUUAUUCUACAUUUGUCGUCAGUCUGUCGGUGAGAACCCUACGACGAGUACCCGGCGUCAUAAUACUUAUUUCUAUGUGAUUUUCCCGGUCA